AGCAGCUCCCAACCCUUGCUGCAAGGUAUGCUGAGACCCUGCCAAGUCAUUCCUGCCACAGUGAUGGAGCUGCAUGAUAGGAGCAGCAGCUUUCCUUCUGUUGCUUCUGUGAUGGGACAGCUGCCUCCCAUCUUCCGUUUGUUCUCCCUGGCGGCCCCCAGCCUGCUGCCUCCCCAGGGCGUCCUUGGCAUGGUGUGGCUCAGGCUCCUGACCUCCUGCAUGCCUGGCAGCAGAGGGCCUGAGUGUGAGACCGCAGGGAAACCUCUCUGCUCCUCCCAUCAGCAAAGAGAGAUGGUCAGCGAUGCCACCCCAGUGCCCAGGGCGUGGGGUGGUGGCGUGGUGCAGCUGAAGGAAGCGGGCUGGGGUGAAGGUGAGUGGCUCUCAGCCCCUCCCUGAAGCCCAGCUGCAGCAGAGCGAGCAGCCCCGGGGAGCCGAGUCCCUGAGCCCCCCGUGUCAUUUACAUACGUCCCACCAGCGGCCCCGGCACAGCACCCGGGCUUUGUGCAGCACCCCAGAGCCACUCUGAAACAGCCUCCCUUCCUCUGCCUCCUGCCAUGGCCCUGGCCUUCACGGUCCUGCUCCUGCUGGGGACACUGGGCACAGCUGCCAGGGCCCAGCCCGUGCUGAGCCAGCCGCACUCCGUGUUCGUGCUGCCCGGGCAGAGUGCCCGGCUCUUCUGCACCCUGAGCCCCCAGUACAACAUCAGCCAGUUCGGCAUCUCCUGGUACCAGCAGCGCCCGGGCCACUCCCUCAGCUAUCUGCUCUACUACAACUCCGAGCGAGACAAGCACAAGCCUGCCGGGACUCCCGACCGCUUCUCGGCCACCAAAGACCUCGCCAGCAACGCCUGCAUCCUCACCAUCGCAGCCGCCUGCCAGGACGACAAUGGCACCUAUUACUGCGCCCUGGCACCUGCCCUCAAAUGGCUCUAGACACGGCCACUGAAGCUUUCCGCGCUUUCCUUGGCGACCCUCUCUCAGCAGGGAGAGCAGCAGCCCUGGGAGGGAUGGGAAAAAUCCAUCUUUGCACGCUUGAGCAGGCCCGGCAGCGCUGCCUCGUGCUGCGAAGUGCAGCCAACCUCCUCUUUGUCCCCAGGCGUCCCGCAGGGGGCAUUAGAGAGGCCGACACAGAGCGGCCAGGGCCGCCUGCUGCAGCGGGAGGAUGGCGGGCUCGGCCGCGGCCCGGCUUUCCUGCGCUCCUCCAGCACCCGGCACGAGGCGGCCUCGACCUGCCUGGGGCUUCCGCAGAGUUGAAACAAAGGCAAUAAAGGCUAAUCCU